ACGUUCAAAGUGCAAUGAUAAGAGCUGCAUAUUUUUGGUCAAGAUAGCCGUCUGUAGUUUUAUGUACAGAUUGUCUCUCUUUCAACUGUAUUCGACAAGAUCGAUUGGGAGCGCUGUAUCAUUAACAUGAUUUAUUUACUGUUGGUUUUGUUGAGUAUAAGUAUUGUUCGUGCCGAUUAUAAAUGCGUUUGCAAUUAUAAUGUUGAGAAAGGGGUUUUUGCUAAGGAAUCCCAAGACGCUAAGGCACUCGGUUAUCUAUAUGAAUUUGACUGCAAGCCUGUGGUCAGUCAAGCUUCUUCAACGUCUUCUGGCUGGACAGUUAUUGCGUUUGAACAUCAGAUAGGAUAUGUUUUCAAAGAUCCUCAGACAAGGGUAGAGGUUUGUCAGGGAGACCCAACGGAUUCUGUUCAAUUGCCAACGGGUGCUGGCUCGCUUACUACUGUUACUAUGGAAACAAGCUCAUCUUCUACAGAAGCUGCAACAACUAGUCCAACACCCACGACAGACACAACAAUCAGAACAUCAACAACCCAGCCGACCACUAUUAGGACAACUACAGCUCGUACUUUGGUGUGCCCCCCAAUUGUCCGACAAAGUGCUCUGCAAGAAGGAAGCAUGUUGUUUAUUAACUCUUUUGACGUAAAAUGUUAUGAAAUGGUGACACAGCUUCAAAGUUGGGAGUAUGCUGAGAAGGACUGUAAUCUGAAAGGCGGUCAUUUAGCUACAAUCGGUGAUUCAAAGGACGAGAGCUCGAUUUACAAUGCUGUCAAAUUUUACGGACAUGCAACAUGGAUAGGUCUUAAUGACAAGAACAACGAAGAAACGUUUGAGUGGGCUUCAGGAGAACCUGUUGUCUAUUUGAACUGGCAUCAUAGUAGGAAGGACAUAUAUUUACAUGGGACAGAAGACUGUGUCGCUAUUGGACCACAUACUGGUACUUGGGAAGAUGUGGACUGUACAGUGAGAUAUGCAUAUAUCUGUGAAUAUGAUGCAGUUUAUGGCAACUAUAAUGAUACAGAUAUACGGAUUUCCACUCCACCUCAAACCGGAAUGUAUACUGAUGGAAAUACAAUGAUGUGCCAGUCAUCAGUACAGUCUGCGGCAUUGAACGACAGUGCAGCACUGGGUCAGUACAAGAGUAGUUGCUAUGAGUUGAUUUCUAAUAUUCAUGUCACCUGGCAACAUGGCGAAAGUUUGUGUAGAGAUCGUGGUGGCCAUCUAGCACACAUCAAAAGCGCCGACGAGCAGGGUUUUAUGCAGUAUUUUAUGGACCGUUAUUCACCACAACACGCUGUAUGGAUUGGUCUUCACGACACUACAGUUGAGGGACAGUUUGAAUGGUCAUCAGGUGUAAGUGUCAGUUACACCAAUUGGGUUCCAAGACACACGGACCACUUUGGAAGUCAUAACAAAGAAGACUGUGUUGCUUUCAUACCUUACAAGUACGGUCAGUGGGACGACAUUCGAUGCGGAGAUAGUACGAAACUGCUUGGAGAUGUUGGAGAAGUCCAUCCCAUUUUGUGUCAAUAUAACUUGGCAACGUCCCCAGUUAUUGGAUGAUAUGUUUUGCAUAAUAAACACUGAAUAUCUUUAAAAUAAUUA